UGACACGCGAACUGGGAAUGGAAGCGCCGGAGAGCGACUCUGGAGACGGAGCAAAGGAGGACGGGGGUUCGGUCGCUGGACGCCCCGGAUUAUUUGGUCAGGAGAAGGAAGCCCCAAAGCCCGGGAAAUGGGCGCUUCGAGAGAACUGGCUGGUUACUCAUCCUACGUUCACAAAGAUGAUGUCAUUGGAAGUGGCUGACAGCAGAAGAGUGUAUGCUGCUUUCUUAGUUUACUUGGACCUCAUAGAAGUUAGGAACUGGCAUGAGGUAUCCUUCGCUGGACUAGCAGAGUUCCAGCUGGUGUGUCUCCAUGGACGUGAGAAAGAAACGGAGCCUUUGCAGGUAGUGGUGCCAACUCCUGCCCAUGUAUCAUUCAGCCAUGAGAAGUUAAGACAGAUCAUGAAGAGCACACACAUUAUGCAGGCGAAACCUGAUUCCCCACUUUCCAUCACACUGGCAAUAGUUGAAACGGACUCUACAAUUGUCUACUAUAAAUUGACGGACGGUUUUGUAAUGCCAGACCCUCCUGACCAUCCUGAAGAUGCAGACAGCAAACAAGGGAAGAAGAAGAGAAAGAGGCUGUUGAGAUGAAGGGGAAGCAGAUGACAUUCUCGGGACUCUUCUAAUGUAAAUCAGUCUGGCAUUAAAAAGGGCAGCUGGGAGUUGGAGCAUUUGUUUGAAAAUCCCUGCUAAGGCUUGAGAAUUGGCAGGAUAUUCAAGUCUGCAUCUUGUAAUAAAAUCAGACAUCAAAGAUGUCAUAGACCAGUUCUAGAAUCUGUCCUCUAUUCAUGAGUAACAUCAAAAUUGUAGCUGUAUUUCAGAAUGUCAGCUUUUGGAAUGAAAGGGAAUUUUACCCUUUAUUUCUGAUGCAACAACUGCCCUAUUAAGAGUACUUAAUUUUAUAAAAUACCUCCUUGUUCCAGUGAAUUCCUUUAUGUGUAUUACAAUAAAAUAUUCAUAGCCUCUGUCCUAUUCAAUUGCAUGAUCGUAGUCCCCUUGCAGAAUAAAGAAUUGUGCAACAAAGUUUGCUCUCUUUCACACUCAUAUAAGGGGACAUAAGUGUCCCCCCCCCCUUUUUUUUGGUUCAGACGUACUGCAGCUGGAAAAGAUUACUUUACUUAAUGGUGCCAUAAUGUUAUAUAACACAUUCCAGUGUUUGUACCAUAUCAUUUAUCUUUUUAAAGUUUCUUGCAACAAUCCUGCACGAGAGGGAAUGGAAUGGUCACCUCCUGAUAAACUGAUUAAGAUCAGGUCGUGAUGGUAGUGAGUACACGUAACUUGGGUUUAGCGUGUUGCAUGGUUGCAUUUCUCCAAGCUUUGGUUGCAGACAUUCACUGUCCUAUUAGGUAACAUCAUCAAUGGAGGAGCAGUUUUGGAGUAUUGUGAUACUACUACAAAAGUAGUGGGACAGUGUUCUUUUUCUGUAAUCAUGUUGCUGGUUUGGGUUCUUAGGUAGAUACAGGAAACGUCUUGUUUAUCUAAGUGAUGGCUGAUUGCUGUGUGAUAGGGGUAGUGCUGCUGUGUAUUAAGGUGAUGCGCUAAUGUUUGGUCUUUGUUUAUAUCUUUUCAUAGGUCCCUAAAUAGGGUUUACAUCUGUUGACUGCAGCUUGGUGGGAAUGCUAUGCUUUUAGGAAUUCUCUUGGCAUUUUCCCAUCUGGCUUAUUCUAAGAUUUUCAAUUUUUUUUUUCGUAUUGAAAAUGGUUAUAGUCCAAAUAAUUGGAAUAGCCCAUUAGUGGAUUCCAAGAUGUCUCUUCAUGCUUUUUAAGGAUCUUUUGGAUUUUCUGGCUGUUUCUCUUUGCAAACUUUGUUUUAGAAGCAGUGUGUGUGUGUGUAUGUUCUCAAAACCUAUUAAAUAUAUUCAGGUGGUUAGGGACCACACAAGCGCAUUUUCAAGCACAAAGAUUACUUAUGAGUUCAGAAGCAGCAGGUGAUCCAAAGAAAGGCACAAGGCUAAGGGAUUGAUUCAUUUUCUCAGCUGUAUGUAUUCUGAGCCUGCAAAAAUCCAGGGAACCACUAGAUGCAACAAAAAGUUGAGAAUUUUCUGUAUCUCACUGUUGUCAUUUAGCAAUUUUUGCAGUCCAGAUCUAGUAGCCUUAGUCUAUAUAAUUAAAACCUGCGUGUAGAGAGAUCAAGCCAAUGCCAUUGCUUGUCUAUGUUCUGCUCUGUUAUUUGAAAUCAGAGUUAAUUGUAGCAAUAAAAUGUGUUAUCUUGACGCAUGCUUAUAAGUGGUAUAUUGCUGCAAGUACAUACCAUUAGAUAGCUGGAGUAUCAAGACCCAUUUAACUUAAGUGGGACAACCUUAGCACCUUGUGAAUGUGGGGCUGAUACAUCAUCUACGUGUUCUAUUUUUCCAAACUAACUUUCCUCCCUUUUCCUCCCUUUCUGUAAAGCAACAAUUUUACCUCUAAAAUAACAAUCUCAGUGUGUGUCCACUGCCCCCCAACUCCAACAAAGUACUGAAGCCAUUAUGUAAUAAAAAGUAACUAUGCUGAA